AUGCCCGACUCGAAGCCCCUCUCGCUCGUGGAGCGAGGUGGCCUCGGCGCCGCCGCCGGCAUCUUCACCACCUUUUUCACCCACCCGUUCGAUGUGAUUCGCGUCCAGAUGCAGGUCGGCGUGUCUGGUGGCACGAUCGAGACGACAACGAAGCUGGCGAGGCAGGGCUUUGGCGCGCUGUACGCGGGCAUCUCGGCGGCGUGGCUGCGGCAGGUCACGUACGGCAGUGGCAGGCUGGGAAUCUAUGCCUACCUUCUUGACGCCGACAAGUCGGCGCGGGCGGCGCGCGGCGAGACGGGAGCGCCGUCGUUUGCCGCGAAGCUGGGCAUGGGCGUGACGUCGGGCAGCAUCGGCGCCUUCAUCGGCAACCCGGCCGAGCUGGCGCUCGUGCGGAUGGGCGCGGACGGGAAGAUCGACGACCCGGCGAAGCGGCGGAACUAUGCCAACAGCAUUGACUGCGUCCUGCGCGUCGCGCGGGAGGAGGGCUUCCUUGCGCUGUGGAACGGCGCGGGGCCGACGAUCCUCCGCGCGGCCUCCCUCAGCGGCGCGACGCUCGCAGUCACGUCCGAGGCCAAGAUUGCAAUCUCUGAGCGGACCGGCUGGGCGCCCGCCGGCGCGCCGACCAUGUUCUUCUCGGCGCUGGCGGCGUCGUUUGUCGCAAACUGCGUCUGCAUGCCGUUCGACGUCGUCAAGUCGCGAGUCCAGCAGGCGGCGCCGGGAGAGUACUCAUCAGCGCUCGAGUGCGCGCGCACCAGCGUCGCCGCCGACGGCGUUCUCGUGCUCUGGCGCGGCUUCGUGCCCGCCUUUGUCAAGCUGGCGCCGUACACGGUCAUCUCGCUCACGAUGCUCGAGAAGUUCACCGCCCUCUACACCGGCGGCGCGUCCGCGCUCUGA